UCGCCUUGCGUCGGAGCUCUUGAGUGUUGUGUUGCGAGGUGGUGUCUCGUAGAUAGGUGAGGUGGGUUUGUGGGCACCCUGCCUGAUAAAAGUAGGUGCCGGGCCCUACACACGCCACGCACUGCGUAUAAAUGUACGGCACCCUAUGGUGCGGUAGGUUUCUUCCCAUCCCUGGUCAUAUAUCUAAGUACGGUGACAACGCACAACUGAGCAAAGGCUACCUGGGAUGAAGGUUUAGACACAGUGCUCCAUCUGUCUCGUUUUGGCUGCUGCAACCAUGCUCGGCGUCAUCAUCUUCGACCGGCUGAACGAUGUGGUGUUCUCGCACGGCGAUGAGCUGUUUGAGCAGCACAUCCGCGGCAUGUCGGCCCGCAACAGUCUCUUCUACCCGGCCUGGUCUGAGACGGUGCCGGAGACGCGCAGCGAGCGGGCCGACGUGCUGGUGCAGCUGUUUUCGCCGUUCCUCGCCUCGCAACGCAUCAUGGGCCUGGAGUUCCACGACCCGUACAGCUGCAUCGAGUGCGAGAACGGCCUGCUCAUGGUGUUCUCUGAGUACCUGACGUACCAGUUCCUGUGCCUGGGCCAGCACUCCAGCCUCUCGCCGAGGAAGUACAUCUCGGUGGCGGUCAGCCUCGCCAAGCUGCUCUGCGGGCCUGUUCUGACCAGACUCAAGUCGAGCGACGCCUCGCUCUCGCGCCAGCUGGCCGACAUGCUCACCUCCUACUGCGAGCUGCAGCGCAGCAGCCAGGCCUACCACGUGGAGGCCGUGGAGCGGCUCAUCAUCGGCGACGACGUCCAGAACAAGAUGGUCUCCGUGCUGCAGCGGGUGGUGACCGGUCUGCCGUCGGGGCCGCGCGCCCACGCCUUCCUGGCCGUGGACAGCACGCUGGUGAGCCUGUACUCGGGCCGCCAGGUGGCCGAACUGUCACCGGCGUCGUUUCUCCACCUGCUGCUGCUGGUCAACGCCCUGAAGCCCAGCGACGCGCCUACUGACGAUGCCGAAGGCGGCCCGUCCGACGAUGCGGAGGCCGGGCCGCGCCAGCCGACCGCCGCCAUCCGAGAGGUGCUGUGUUUCCUGACGGCCAGCCCGCUCGCCCGCUCUCGCCCUACCUGGUGUACGUGA